AUGGCGAACAAGUUUCCUUUCUGGGCGGCUGCCAUAAGCUCGCAACAACAACAACCCUCCGACCCGCCGCAGCAGCACUCACUGCAAGCUCCCAACUCCCGGUCACUUCUCCCUUCUCGAAGCCUCACCCGGCCCGCCGGCCCAACUACCCUGGGCCAUGACCUAAUCGCCGCCUUCGCCGAAGCCACCGCCACCCCCUAUUUUAUCUACCGCCUCCGCGACGCGAUGCUCGCCUCGCCCACCGGCCGACGCAUCCUGCGCGACCGCCCCCGCAUCACCUCCACCUCCCUCAACCUCCCUUACCUCCGCUCCCUGCCCCCCGGCACCGUGGGGCACACCUACGUGGCCUGGCUAGACCGCGAGGGGGUCUCGCCUGACACGCGCUCGGCGGUGCGGUACAUCGACGACGCCGAGUGCGCCUACGUCAUGCAGCGGUACCGCGAGUGUCACGACUUUUAUCAUGCGCUGACGGGCCUGCCGGUGGUGCGCGAGGGGGAGGUGGCUCUGAAGGCGUUUGAGUUUGCGAAUACCCUGUUGCCGAUGACGGGGCUGAGUGUGUUUGCUGCGGCGACGCUGAAGAGGAGUGAGAGGAGGAGGUUUGGGGAGAUUUAUCUGCCGUGGGCGCUGCGGAACGGGUUGAGGGCGGCUGAGGUGAUUAAUAUGUAUUGGGAGGAGCCGCUGGAGAGGGAUGUGGUGGGGAGUUGA